GUAUUCCCGUAGCCUCAGGGCACGCGGUGUGAACCUGACUGCUGUAUAUAAAGACGACACCAACAUCUUCCGCACCACAACAGCAACAGCCGCAUCUACUGCUCUUCCUCGUCCCGCAGUACACGAGUGUAUCAUACAGAAGGAUGGCCAAGGUAGCAGCAACAGCAGCGUGGUGCCUCGUGGUGCUGGCAGCGGUUGCGGCGCUGGUAGCAGCUGAGGCAGAUCCCGGCCAUCACAGAAGACAACCCUACUACAAGCGGCCAAGCUACUACAACCAGAGGCGCCCACACGGCGCCGUCCACUCUGGCGGCCUCGGCAGCCAUGCCACCCACGGCCUUGCCUCCGUCAGCCACUCAGCUGGCCACCUGCAGGGCGCCACUCACGGCGUCCUCGGAGGCCACGCCACCCUCGGCCACGCCUCUGUCGGGCUCUCCAAGGGCGCCACUCACGGAGUGCACGGCGGCCACGCCUCUGUCAGCCACCUGAAGGGCGCUACUCACGGAGUGCACGGCGGCCACGCCACCCUCGGCCACGCCUCUGUCAGCCACCUGAAGGGCUCCACCCACGGCGUGCAUGGGGCCCAUGCUACCCUCGGCCAUGCCUCCGUCAGUCACUCGAAGGGUGUCACCCAUGGCGUGCACGGCGGUCACGGCAAGAAGUACUACCACUAACAGGCACGAGUCACCCCGGAGACUGCUCGGCCUAAGCACACACACACACACACACACAGACAGACACGCACACAGGCCGUGUAUGACUCUUGCUCAAGGCUUAUUCUUAUACUCGUACAAUGAAUAUAAUAUUUAUUUUCUUAAGUACCUAUUGACAAGCUAUUCUUUGUAAUAAAACGGUGUUAUGUACA